AUGGUUGUGGUGAUUAUGAUGGUUAUAAUGCUAGAUAAUUAUCAUGGUUAUGGUGAUUAUGGUGGUUAUGAUGAUUAUGAUGGACAUUGCAGUUAUGAUGGUUAUGGCAGUCAUGCUAGUUAUGACAGUUAUUAUACCUAUGAUAAUCAUGCUGGUUAUAAUAGUUACGAUAGUUAUUAUAGUUAUGAUAGUUAUGAUAGUUAUGAAUGUCAUUAUAACUAUGAUAAUCAUGAUAGUUAUAAUAGUUGUGAUGGCUAUGAUAGUUAUGGCAGUCAUGCUAGUUAUGAAUGUCAUUAUAACUAUGAUAAUCAUGAUAGUUAUAAUAGUUGUGAUGGCUAUGAUAGUUAUGACAGUCAUGCUAGUUAUGAAUGUUAUUAUAACUGUGAUAAUCAUGAUGGUUAUAAUAGUUCGGAUGGUUAUGAUAGUCAUGACAAUCAUGCUAAUUAUGAAUGUUAUUAUAGCUAUGAUAAUCAUGAUAGUUGUGAUGGUUAUGAUAGUUAUGAUAGUUAUGAUAGUCAUGACAGUCAUGCUAGUUAUAACAGUUAUGAUAGCUAUGAUAGUCACGAUGUUUAUGAUAGUUAUGAUAGUCGUGCCAGUUAUGACAGUUAUGAUAACCAUGAUGCUUCUGAUGAUUAUGAUAGUUAUGUUCGUUAUGGUAAUUGUGAAAAUUGUGAUAGUUAUGAUAGCUAUGACAGUAAUGGUGGUUAUGAUAAUCUCAUGUGA